AUGUGGGUCCGGGGGGAAGGGAGAACCCCACCUGCUGCUGUGGCCGCUGCUGCUGCUGGUGCUGCUGCUGCUGCUGCUGCUGCUGCUGCUGCUGCUGCUGCUGCUGCUGCUGCUGCUGCUGCUGCUGCUGCUGCUGCUGCUGCUGCUGCUGCUGCUGCUGCUGCUGCUGCUGCUGCUGCUGCUGCUGCUGCUGCUGCUGCUGCUGCUGCUGCUGCUGCUGCUGCUGCUGCUGCUGCUGCCUCUGCUCGCUCUCCUGCCCCUGCUUCCGUCCCCUCUCCUGCUCGCUCUCCUGCUCGCUCUCCUGCUCGCUCUCCUGUGCCUGCACCUGUGCCUGCGCCUGCUUGUGCUGCUAUAGCUGCUGCUGCAGCCGUCCUCCAGGCGUCUUAG